CAUAAUCAGCCCUGUAAGAAUAUACUGUUUCAAUUAUUGCCUGAUUGAAACAGUAAUCUUGUUGGCAAUGGUAACAUUAAACAUGAUUUUAAACAUGGAUGGUGGCUUUGGGAAAGAAAUUUGGGUGUACAGAUAUCUGAGCUAGAUAAUUGCACAAUUACCUCAUUUCUAAAUGUCAUGUAAUCUUCCAGUGUCAAAAUGAUUAGAUUAUCUGGAUGUACAGAAAAGCGCAAGUGUUUUACAGCAGAUAGAUUACUAAUUUUUUUAUCUCGGUCUCCUCUCUUCUCUUUGUCCCACAUGAUUAUUAAUGAUUUAUUAAGGGGUCGUGGUCUGGAUCAGACAAGCUAUGAUGUGGAUGUUGACUGCUUGAUGUGGGAUGUUUGUACCCAGCAGGUACAUUUAAAACAGGGUUUAAAGGUUAGCUGAGCUAAUAGACACAGACUGAAGUCAGAAGAUCAUCUCCAAAGAGUGGGACAGCAAGUUUUGCACAAAACGUAAAAGCCAAUACUAAAAAUGAGUCGGAUAAAAAAGGUAAUUAAGAGGAUGAAGGUGAAAAAUGAGCUGGCACGACAGAUUAUGGGAGAGGUCUUGGGCACUUUUGUACUUCUGCUGUUUGGUUGUGCUGCAGCAGCGCAGGUGAAAACCAGCAGAGAAACUAAGGGGCAGUUUCUGUCUGUUAACAUGGCUUUUUCUAUAGGCGUCAUGUGUGCAAUGUACCUCUGCAGGGCAGUAUCAGGAGCUCAUCUAAACCCAGCUGUGUCUCUGAGUUUCUGUGUGUUGGGAGACCUAGCCUGGAUAAAGUUGCUACCCUAUUCUUUGGCUCAAAUAUUGGGGGCUUACCUCGCCUCUGGGCUUGUCUAUUUCAUCUACCAUGAUGCAAUUAUGGAAUUCAGUGGUGGAGUUCUGACUGUUUUUGGUCCUAAUGAAACAGCUAGUAUCUUUGUCACUUACCCAACUGAUGUGGUGUCAGUGCAGACCAGCUUCCUCGAUCAGGUGGUCGGCACAGCCAUGCUGAUGUUGUGCAUUCUACCUCUGAAUGAUAAGAGAAAUGCUCCUGCUCCCGAAGCAUUGCUCCCUCCAAUUGUAGGAACUGUUGUCUUAGGGAUUUCCAUGUCAAUGUCAGCUAACUGUGGAGCUGCCAUAAACCCCGCCCGUGACCUUGGUCCACGUCUCUUCACCUUCACAGCAGGCUGGGGCACCGAAGUCUUCACGUGCUAUGACUACUUCUUCUGGAUUCCAUUAGUGGCUCCUAUGGUGGGGGGCGUGCUGGGGUCCAUCAUUUAUCUCGUUUUCAUUCAGUGGCAUCUGCCUGAGCCUGAGGAUGAAUCUGAGUCUGAGGAGUUUAAAGAACAAACAAAGGGCAUGGAGCACAACAACAAACAGGACGAGUUAUACCAUAAAAUGUCUUCCCUUUAAAAGCCUGAUGACUGUUGAAUCUAGCUCACGGCAUUUCCAGAUCCUUUUCCCCCUCUUCUCUCCAUUAUUUCCAGACUGUUUUAUACUGUAAAAAAAGGGGGAAAUGUACUCAAGGAGGACUCUAAAAUUUUUCACAGUAGAGCUGAAGCCUUGAUAUAAUAAAUAUUAUUUAUUAUUUUCAACCCCCUUUUUAUCCCUUCUAAAAUAUUAGACUGUGACUUUCAACUAUAUGUAGAAAAAGACUAUUUCCUUCACAUUAUCAUUGU